UUUAUGUUUUUAAAAUCAUACAUGGAUUCACUUUUGUAGCAAAUCAGUAAAUUUCUAAGUCGUUAGUUGAUGAUAUGUAGUCUUUAAUUUUAGAAAUGUGGUAAGUAGACUAAGUAGAUCUCUAUGUUGUAACAUAGCACACCAGAUUUGAUUUUGGUUGAGCACCUAACUAGAGUUAUACAAGUAUAUGUAUAUCAAAAUGAUGCGGAUGACCAGGCGAGUUAAUUUCUUAAAAAUUUCUAGAAAUUUUCCCAUAUAACGGUUAUGUUGAGGACUACUAAAAGUGCCAUUACUCACAAAAUAAAUACUUUAGUAGUAUCAAAUUCCACAUCAGAGAUGACACAUACAUACAUACCGAUUGGUGAGCGGAGACUUUUUUUACCUAGUGUACAUAUAAUAUAUCACAAUUUUUAAUUCCAUUUGAUUAUUUCACUCUACAGUGCCUAAAUCAAGAACCAAAUAAGACAUCGGAACAAAACUUUGCAAAAAUAUUUUCUUAAAGCUAUGCCAUUUUUAUGCGAGAUUUCCUUAAAUAGGACUAUCACUUUUCAAGAUCCAGAUACCGUAGUAUCGUUCAUUUCAGCAAAUUAGGUUAAUUUCAAAAUAAAUAUGUAUCUUGGACUCGAAACAAAAUGUAACAUUGAAACUAAUAGCCUUUUCGCACAGGAGUUAAUUGAUCAAAUAACCGGCCUUUGCUCAAGUAAAGUGAUAAUUUAGACCAAUUUACCAUGCAAAAAAAAAUUUAGUUUUACAUUUAAAUUGAGUUGAAACUGGAAUGCAACUCUACGGGUAAUUGUCCACACUAUAAAUUUGGCUCUGCGGGUUGUUGUCUAGGCUGAGAAUUUGGCUGUGUGUGAUGAUAAAAUAACAAUCAGCUGAUGAAUUUUAAUGAUUACAAAAAAUACAAUAUGAAGAAAACAAGCAUGUAUAACAGCCUAUCGUUAAUCGAGUAGCCGACUGUGCAAAAGGCAAAAACUCUAUUCUCUAUUAAAAUCUUAAUGUACCACAUCAAUUUGGCUGUGAAAAUAGACUAUAAGUGAGUCUAUGACCUAAUAUUAUAUAAUUCUGUAGGUAACAUUUUUCUGACAUUCGUAUGUCACAGUGAGAAAAUGGGCGCAAUUAAACUACAAUCAUACAAUAUACUACAUAUAAAACAAAUUUGAAUUUCCUCUGUGCUUUUUACUUUCCAAUAUCGAAAUAAAGCACUAAUGAAUAUAUCGGGGAUUAACUUUGCAUAAAUAGUGUCUUUAAGGUAUGUCAUGUCAAGUAUAUAUAAUUAAAAUUCGGAGAGAAUUCUUUCCUGAUAAUAGUAUGCCUGUAUGUCAAAAAUGGGUUAAAUCGGAACAAUACUUUCCUUAGCCCCCAUAUGCCUAAUAUAAAGACUUUCGAACUUCCUGUUUACUUUAUAACGCAUAUAUCUGCCAACAUGUGAGUUAUCUUAAUAAAAUUUAAUAGGCGUGUUUUUCUAAUAACGUUUGCAUCUUUGGAUAAAAUCAGGUAAAAACUUUCUCUGUCCCAAUAUACUUUGUAUAGUGAUUUUGAUCUUUCCACCUGACUAUAAACCGGUUAGGUUGGUCAAAAUGUGCGAUAUUUUGAAUAUGUAAGGAGUUGGUGUAAACCUUGGUCCAAACCUCAUGACCCUAUAAUGACUUUGGUCAAUUGGUUGACAUUUUCCAAAUCAACUCAAUAUAUUAAACUAAGCCGCUUCGGUUGAGUUUAUAUCACAUACUUAUGUAUAUCUCAUUUGAAUAUGAAUUUAAUAAAUAUUUAGCUGAAAAAAAUAUUGUAAUAAAACAAAGUAAGUCUGUAACCUAUAAUAUAUCUUAAUUAAAUACCAAUCACGAUUUCGUCGAAUAAUGAAUGUUGAAACCCAAUGGGGUUUGGUAUUGCAGAUGGGCGUUAACCGUUAACCAAAAACAUAAGUAUAUGUACAUUUAUAAAUAAUAAUUUGGUAGAGGGAAUCAUAGUAGAGAGGGACACCUGUGGGCUACAAAUUAACCGUAAAUGGUUUAAUGUACAUAUAUAUCGAUCAAGCUUAAGCGUCCAAAUUUGAGGAGUUCUUUUAGCACUUCCUUGUACAUUGUGAAAAUGGGUAAAAUCAGGUAAUAACCACGACCACUCCCUAUAUCGCGGUUAUGUUUACAACUACUAAAAGUGCGAUAACUCACUAAAUAAAUGCGCCGCCUACCUUUAGAUAAUCCUAUGUCUCAAGAACUACUAGACCAAUUUUAACUAAAUUUGGGAUGUGACGUUAUCGAAGCAUUUUCAGAUUACAUUGUGGAAAUGGGUGAAGUCAGAUGACAACCACGCUUACUUCCCAUUUAUACAACUUUUUAAUUCUUUCACUUUGCAGUAUACAAAUCAAACAUCAAUGAGAAUAUCAGAAUAAAACUUUACGAAAAUUGUGCCCUCAAGGUAUUUCACCUUAUUCCCAAAAAUUGUCUAAACCAGCCUAUAACCUUCCAAGGACCCAGACGCCAUAUAUGUGCGACCCCAGUGACUAUGGCUCAUUUUUUACCGAAUCUAUUGGUCAAUCUAUGAGGUCUAAUAUAGAAAUUUUGGGAGAAUAUUUUUGUGAUGAUAGCAUAUCCUUAUGACGAAAAUGGGUGGUGUGCCCAUAUUUCUAAUAUACAUAAAUAUUUUCGAAGUUCCGGUUGACUUUUUCCGCAUCUAUCGGUCAAUAUGAAAGAAAUCUUAGUGAAAGUCAGAACGAAUAUCUGUCUAAUAAUAGUUUAUCCUCUUGCAUAAAAUGGAUGAAAUCAGAGCAAUGCUUCCCCAAGUUCCCAAGUCCCCAUAUAGCUAUCAUUCGGAUUUUCAAACAUCCGUUUGACUUUUUACCAUUUAUAUUGGUCAAUCUGUGACGUUUCUUAAUGAAAUUCAGAGAGCUUUUAUUUCUGGCAAUUAUAUAUCGUAAUACCAAAACCGGAUAAAAUUGGGUCAAAAUAUUUCCUAGCCCCCAUAAACCUUAUAUAAGAAAGUUGGUCAGAAUUAUAUAAGAAUUUCAAACAUCCGGUAAGCUUUAUACCGUAUUGACCGAUAUACAUAUGUUACUAUUAAGAUAUCUUAGCAAAAUUAAGUGAAAGUAAGAUAUUGGAUAUACUAUAGUUUAAUGCUGAAAAUGUGCGAUAUCAAUCUACGAAAAUGCUAUAAUUAGUCCAGAAUUAAUCUUGCUUUAAUCAACAACAUGUAUUGAUUUCAAAUUCAAAGUCUCCUAUUUUUAAACAGCUUAUUUUUUCGUGUGGUAUGAUUCACAAUAUGUAUUUACAAAUUAAAAGUUGUUGGUAAAAAAGAUACAUUUUAUUAUUACAUCACCCAUCUCUAAAAAUUUGUUAUCUAUAUGCUUUGUUUUAUAGCAAGAAUCUAAGCAACCGAGUGCUUUGAAAAUGGCCAGUAUGACCAGAAGGCGUUCAUCGGCAGCAUCUACAUGUUCAUAUAGCUCUGCUUGCUAUACCGGUAGCUCAGAUGAAGAUAAUGUGUGCCCGCGGGAAAAAAGGCAACGUAAUACUGCAGGUAGCUCAGAUUUUUGUGUAAAAAAUAUAAAUUCACAGCAAGCCUUCGGAAGGAGAGAAAUCGAAAUAGCAGAAAAAGAAAUGCCGGGGAUAUUGGCACUUCGAAAGCGCGCCUCAGAGGAUAAGCCCCUCAAAAAUGCCCAGAUUGUAGGUUGCACGCAUAUAAAUGCCCAAACAGCUGUACUUAUUGAAACAUUAGUAGAGUUGGGAGCUUCCGUUCGCUGGGCAGCUUGUAAUAUAUACUCUACGCAGAAUGCGGUAGCUGCAGCUCUUGCUGAAGUUGGUAUUCCGAUAUUUGCAUGGCGUGGUGAGACUGAAGAAGACUUCUGGUGGUGCCUUGACAAAUGUGUCAACUCCGAUAAUUGGCAUCCAAAUAUGAUAUUGGAUGAUGGUGGUGAUGCCACUCACUUAAUGUGGAAGAAAUAUCCAAUCAUUUUCAAGGCGAUCAAGGGCAUUGUCGAAGAGAGUGUGACCGGUGUGCAUAGAUUGUACCAAUUGGUGAAAACCGGAAAACUGACAGUGCCUGCAAUAAAUGUCAACGAUUCCGUAACAAAAGCAAGGUUCGAUAACUUCUAUAAUUCAAAAGAUUCAAUUUUGGACAGUCUGAAGCGAUCAACAGAUAUUAUGUUAGCUGGCAAACAAGUAGUCGUUUGCGGCUAUGGGGAUGUUGGAAAAGGUUGUGCACAAAGUCUUCGAGGACAAGGCUGCAUUGUAUAUAUAACCGAAAUUGAUCCAAUAUGUGGAUUGCAAGCCAGUAUGGAUGGAUUUCGCGUAGUUCGUUUGAAUGAAAUUGUUCGUCAAGUGGACAUUGUCGUUACGGCUACUGGCAACAAGAAUGUGGUUAGCCGAGAGCACAUGGAUCGUAUGAAGUCUGGUUGCAUUGUUUGUAAUAUGGGUCAUUCUAAUUCCGAAAUCGAUGUGAAUAGUUUGCACUCUGCUGAACUGUCGUGGCUGAGAGUGCGUUCUCAGGUAGACCACAUAAUUUGGCCCGAUGGUCGUACAAUUAUUCUUUUAGCAGAAGGGCGUCUUGUUAAUUUGGCUUGCUCGACGGUUCCAUCAUUUGUGGUAUCAGUUACAGCUGCAGCGCAAGCGUUGGCUCUCAUAGAGUUAUUCAACGCACCGGCUGGGCGGUAUAAAUCGGAUGUCUACCUGUUGCCUAAAAAAAUGGAUGAAUAUGUGGCAAGUUUACAUUUACCCAUACUAGAUGCUCAUUUGACAGAACUUACCGAUGAGCAAGCGAAGUACCUAGGACUAAAUAAGACUGGGCCAUUUAAGCCUAACUAUUAUAGAUAUUAAAUAUAAUAAGGCUUUAGUAACAAAGUCUUUUUACAUAUACGUAUGAAUAUUCAUGUGAUCAUUAUUUUAAUAUAUGUAUGUAUAAGACACACGCUGUUGUACGUUUGAGCUAUUCUUAUUUGGUUUUAAAAAUAUAACUUCCAUGUUAAUAUAUAAA